UCAAGCGAAUUUUGAUAAAUCUUCAUUACUCCACCGCUUUCGACUCAGUACGCAACAUUAAUGUGAUUUUCCCCAUGGAGUCAAAUCUCACAACGAAUUUAUCGUCCGCACCGGAUAAUUCCACAGCAACAAGACCUUUCAGCACAUCAUUCCAGAUAUGGUCUGGCGUAUUUUUCGUGGUGUUGGCUCUAAAUUUCAUCGGCAACAUUUUAGUGGUGGGUUUGAUCACCGCAGAGAGGAAGUUUCAUAGCACAAUGAACUAUCUCUUCGUGAACAUGGCGUUUUCUGAUUUCCUUGCUGGUGUCUUCUCGCUUCUUUGGUACAUCGCAAACUACGUCGCCCCGAAAUGGAAAAGCGAUUGGGUCUGUCGAGUCGUUGCUGCGAAUUCCAUAACUGUCCUCAGUGGACUUGUGUCCAUCUUCACGCUGACAGCCAUCACGCUGGAAAGGUAUCAUGCUAUUCUCAAACCCCUGGAGCACAGGAUGUCUUGGUCUCGCUUCAGGAUCAUUCUUCUUGUGAUUUGGUCGUUGAGCAUCAUCUUUUCCCUGCCAUAUUUUAUAUUCAUACAGUUCGUCGAAGGCGAUAGCUCGAAAAUAUGCAUUUUCCUUCUCGGAAAAUGGCAACGGCAGCUUCUGACCACCCUGAUGUUUAGCUUCAUGUAUGUUUGCCCGAACAUCAUCAUCUGUGUCGCAUAUGUGAAGAUUGUGAAGUACCUCUGGUGCAAUGAAGAGAACAACGAGAUGAAAGAGUCCCACAAAGCGUUGCUGCGGUCGCGAAAGAAGAUCACAAAAUUGCUCGGCUCUGUUUUGAUCCUCUUCAAUCUUUGCACUUUCCCCAAUUUCAUUGGUGACUUUAUGCUCAGUUUCGGCGCUAUCGGGUACGGGCACUGGUUUCCACAAAUCGUGUUUCUAAUUCAACUUGUGUCAACCUGCGUCAACCCUUUGAUAUUCUUUGUUCAGAGUAAUCAGUUCCGUAAGAGACUUUUGGAAGCAAUCUGCUGCAGACUGAAGGCAAUAGAACGGUGGUCGACUUUUCGAGGGACAGGAACUUCGACGAAGUCUCAAUUACUGUCAAUUAACCGCCACGUGCGAACGACAUUGUAAUGGAUUUAUACCAUCGAGUGGCGUAUUCGUAUCACUCCAUAAUAUAGUUCUCGUACACAUGGAGGUCGAAAUCUCACCGCCCUUAAAAAAUCCUUGAAAAAAUUCUUAAAACUGAAAAGCACUAGAAACUUUCUUUAUAUCUUUAGGCCCUAUGAAACGCUUGAAGAACUUCCUAUUAUUCCCAAAAAUAUCAAAAGAGAUUUUUAAAGUGGGAUGAUACUACUAUCGCCUACCAUGAAUUCGAGCUAGCAUUAAUUUUGCCAUGCAAUGCAAGGUAAAAAGUGAUAUCUGUGUUCGGCUGGGGUAAAUUUACACAUUUGUAAUUAUUGCAGCAUAUUAAUUUUGUCGAUAAAUGAAUUCGAGCUAUUCGGUCUAUUUCCAGCUUUUCUCUUCUAUUAAGUUGUUUAUUUGUGAAAUGAAUAAAAUACCAUGUUACUGUAUGAACACUUUAGUAACGUGAAUGCAAACAUGCAUCGAUGCUGAUAGUUGCUCUUUUACCUUACAUGGGUGUGGCAUGUGUACGAGCAUGCGUUGGUCUAAGAAUAUUGUUGUGAAGAAACCGUUUCACACUUGAAGCGACUUUUAAUCAUCGUGCAUUAUGCAGUCAACCAUUUUGUAAUAUUCAACAUGUUCCCACGCUAAAUAUACAGGUAGCAUUUAAAGAGAUAUUGGAAAUUAUUGACUUUUUCAAUAAUAGCUUAGAAACUCUUAUCGCAAAAGUAAAACGGUAUUAUGCUACGCGUUAUAUAGAUAUACAUGCAAAGCUAUAUAGUAUACCUUGUUCAUGAAAAAAAAAUCCUUUGAAUUUUCUCCAAACGUCGCGUAUCAUUAGAAUAUUAUUAAAUGCAUAGGAUGAUCUUAUCAUGUUAUCACUUAGUUAUGACUACGAAUUUUAAGUUACGUUCUCAAUAAAUAAAACAGGUAUACUGUUAAAAACGAAAUAA